CGAAGGCGCCAACGGAUUGCCGUGCACGUCGCACGUUGCACCACGACCGGGGGAGAGGGGGAUGUGGGUCAAUCGGGCCCUUACACACCCGACGCGAAGUUGGCCGUAGCAUUUUGAAUCGAUGAUCGAUGUGCGCGUCGCUCGCGCGGCGCCUGCGUCCAGCUGUCGCCUGCCAGCACUUGUCGGACUGUUGUCUCGCGAGGGCGGCCCGUGCGUGAUCCGCGCCUUGUCCUGAGCGUCGUCGGGGGAAAAAUGAUGACCUCGUCGGAAACGUCGGAGGUGGCGAACCCGGUAGGCGAGAAGGGCGCCGAGGACUCGGCGAUCCUGGAGGUGAGCUCCAUGGCGGUGGGCGGGAUCGUCAAGCAGGAGAGCCGCGACGCCGACUACCUGUCCAACUGCAGCACCUCCAUCGAGGGAUCCGUGGUCGCGUCUCCUUCCAUCGAUAGCUUCUCCACUCUGCCGGACCAGGAGAUAUCGGACUUCCAGACGGACUCGCGAGAUCUGCAAGUAAAAGUGGACAAUCCGCAGAAACAUCUGGAAACUCUCGAGACGUAUAUCACAUUCCGCAUAACGACCAGAACGACGCGUCCGGAGUUCGAGGAAGGGGAGUACGUGGUUCGCAGGCGAUACAACGACUUCAUUUGGCUGCGCCAGAAAUUGGUGGACGUCUAUCCGACACACAUUAUACCACCAAUGCCAGGCAAGCACACGCUGCUCGCCCAACUGGAUCGUUAUUCCAAGGAAUUUAUCAUAGCGCGCAUGAAGCUUUUACAUAUAUUCCUCAACAGAGUGGUGAACCAUCCUAUUCUCAGUUGCGACAAGAAUCUCCAUAUUUUUCUCACGACGAAACCUUCGGAGUUUCUUGUUCAUCGGAAAAAUCGCGGGAACGUCCUCGGAAAAGUGACCGACUCCUUGCAAAAUAUAGCGAGUACUUAUACGAUGAAGCAGCGUCACCUGGAGUUCGAGCAGAUCCGAGACUAUUGUACAGCGUUGGGCGAAAAGUUGUCGGCCAUAGAUAAGAUCAAUCAUCGCAUACACAAAGAGAGACAAGAUUACUUGUUGGAGCUUCAUCAACUGCAUCCCAUAUUCACGCUGUGGGCAACGUCGGAACCGGAACUCGCGCCCAUUUUAUUGGCGAUCGCUAAGGCGGUAGAAGCGAACGCAAUGGCUCAUCAGAAACUUCUGGAGAACGUUCCUAACGACGAACGCGAGUACGUUUCAUACAUCGAGGCGGUCAAGAACGCAUUGUCCCGGCGCGACUCGAUGCAGAUCGAAUACGAGUUAACGGUCGACGUAUUGGCGAAGAGAAGAUUGGAAAAGGAUCAGUUGGUAGGAAACACGAGCUACACGAUUCCCGCGCAAGGCUGGGGCGGAUCUUUAUGGAAGGCGGAGUCACGCGAUGAGAAAUUGGAGAGACUCGGCCAGACCAUCCCGCGAUUAGCCAAGCAAGCGGAGAUACUGCAGGAUCGCGUGGAGUGCGCGAACGAGAAUCUACGAAGCGACUUCCAGAGGUGGAACGUGGAGAAGCAGCAGGAUCUGAAGAAUAUGCUGAUCACGAUGGCGGACCGACAUAUCAGACACUAUCAGCAGUGCAUGAACGCGUGGGAGGACAUUCUCACCGGCCUCAAGUUGGACGGAAUCGGAUCCGACGUAAACGUAGGGCCGCCCGUUAAGAUACCCGUUUGAACCGCUAGUCUCUUCGCCACUCAAAAGGAUACAUAGAAUAAAUAUUCGUUUAAAAUACGAGUAUAAUACACGAGUUAACAAAAGUCUCUAUUAAAUAACGACACAAAGUUUAUUACAAUCUAAAAAAAAAACUGAUAUAUCAUCAGCUUCGAUAUCAUUGCUUUUGAAACUGAGUCGUCGCUUCGAAAUCUCGAAAAAAAGAUUGUGCGAUAUUUGCGAACCGGAAACUAACGCAUUUUAAUGACGAGAGCUGCAUUUAAUGUAUAAUACGCCAAUAUCAAAAUUCUAUUUCCGGAGAAUUCGCCUUUACGAUACAAUAAUCUUGUGAUAAUGUGAAAAAUUAAGUAUAACGCAUUUGGUCCUACACGCGGGACAAAUCUCGGUGUACGUCAUGUACACAAGGGAAAAUUUUCCGACGUUCUUCUCUUCGUUAGAGAUUUAGAUCAUCAAAUUAAUUUUGGGGACCAAAGUAUAUCGAGGCAGUUAUCGCCAUUCCCUUUUCUCUUUCUUACUUUGAAUCACAUUACAAUACAUUUAUUGACAAUCAGUUUAGUCACCUAUAUCUACUAGUUACCAAAGUACAGUAGUUACCAUGAUAGCGUAGAUAGCGUCAAUGUAUAGUAUACAGCACUGGUAAAUUUUACAAAUUGGAGCAAAAACGCUUUGCGAGAACUUCGUUGUAUCGUUAAUUAGUACCUUUAGUCUAUGCUUCUAAGUUAUGAACAAGUCGCACCGCACUGAAUCGAUUCCACUUAGUAAAACGUGGAAACAAAAAGACGUAGCGAGAGUCCUAUAUGGCUUACACAUUCCGUGUAUCCGUUAUUUAUGCUCGAAAAGGAAGAUACUCUUUGCUGCUAACAGUGUCGACUAUUAACAAUGCGGAGUAUAUUUCUAUACAUUAUACGCCGCGACUCGGCGAGUUGGCAAAAAUGGCGGAGUUUGUAUUAAUAAAUAAAUUAUUGUUUGCAAUUAA